CCGCUUUAAAUAAAUGAAUACAUUUCCACUAUAAUUUGGUGCAAAGAAAUGUCUCCAAAAUGCAGGAAAUUAAGUGUUUAAUACUCAUAAUCUUUAUGUAUUUUCAUCAAUGAAUAUUUCUUUAAAUAGUAUUAAAAUAUCUUCUAGUCUUGUUCUCGUGACCCCAAUAUUCUGGAUUGUCACGUCUCGUAUGCUAAGUGUUUUGUCACAACUCUUAUCUGAGCCCUUUAAUGUCCCCACCACUUUUCGGCUCAAAGUGACACCCUUUCCCACCUGUAACCUUCAUCGGCUGUUAAAGUCUUUGCAGUGUUGAUAACACACAGCCUAAGCAGUCCUUCAGAAUGCUCUCUAUGUACAUGCAUACUGUAUGUAUUAGUGAGUGUAGUGAUGCUUAUGGGACGUCGCUCUGGGACGGGUGAGUAUGAGGCUGGGAGGGAAAAAUCACAAUAUACUCACUAGAAAAACUAAACUACACCAAUGCUUUGGUGGCAUCCCCACUUCAUUUAAACUUUGAGGGCAAGUGGAUUUGUGGCUUUUGCAGAAACCAGGCUGUUCUUCAGAGGCUUUCAAACUGUUUAAAUAUAAUGUUUGUUUCCUCAGGAGAGCCUCCUGCCAUGUACCAGACUCAGCUGAUAAAGGCAGCAGAAGGUGGUGAUGUGACUCUUCAGUGUCGUCUGGAUCCUCCGGUCAACCUGUCUGCUUUCACUGUGGACUGGACGAGACUUGACAACAAGGAUAUCGUCCACGUCUAUCGUCAUCAACAGGACGAUCCUGAUCCACAGACGGAUCAAUACAGAAGCAGGACGACUCUCCUCCAUGAAGACCUGAUCAGAGGAGUCCUGACUCUGCACAUCUCCUCAGUGAAGCUGUCUGACAGAGGACUUUACAAAGGCUUUGUCCCAAAGCUGAAGACCAGCUGUGUUGUUGACCUCAUUGUUGAAAUGGUGGGAAAAGACCAGCAGAACGAGACAAAGAGAGAUUAUUCCAGCACAACUGGACCUCCAGAGGAAGAAGAGACCGAGCCAGACGGUCGUGAUGGUAGAAACAGAGAGACUGCCCGCGCUGUUAUCAUUUCCACUGUUCUCCUUCUUUUUGGAGUUCUGAUUGUGGUUCUGGUGAAACGUGGAACGAUCCAAAAAAGUAUGACGAGGCUCAGAGGACAGGGGGAGCAAAAGUCGGAGGCGGCAAACGGCUGUGAGCUGAAACAUCUGAGGACUUCAUCAACAAACAGUGACCCCGAUGCAGGCAACUUGAACAAUGUGCAAGUAGUAAAGUGAUGGCCCAAACCAUCAGGUCAUUUUCUUUAAAGAAUAUAUUUGUUUAAUUGUCAGCCCUCCAAAAAUCAGCAACCUUUCAUCCUUUUAAUAUUAAUCGUGUCUGUUGCUCUUAUCCAUAAAUUCAUGUACAUGAGGGACGGUGCUAUACACAAGAACAAAGAUUGAAAGAUACCAAAGUAACCUUAUAAUAACCUUAACACCUUCAUGACUGCCUAUCAAAGAGUAUAGAAGGCAACAAGGUAAUUCAAAGUGUUUUAACUAAAACAUAAAAGCCACAUAGAGAAAUAUAAAGUUAUCAAACUAAUGUUAAAAGUCAAUUAGAAAUUUAAAACGGGACAGUUCAAGUUAUUAAUCUACAGCAUUGUUUGGUUUAAUUAGUGGCAGUGAUAAAAGAAAAGUCUUCAGUCUUGAUUUUAAAAGAACUGAAAGUUUCAGCAGACCUGCAGUUUUCUGGGAGUUUGUUCCAGAUAUGGAGAAUAGAAAUUGAACACUGCUUCUCCAGGUUUAGUUUUGACAGACAGGAAGCCAGUGUAAAGACCUCAGAACUGGACUGAUCCACUUUUCUGGUCUUAGUGAGGACUCGAAUCAGCUGCAGCUGUCUGAUUCAGGUUUUAGGGAGAUCUGUAAAGACACCGUUACAGCAGUCGAGUCGUUUUGAAGAUAAAUGUAUAGACACGUUUUUCCAGGUCCUGCUGAGACAUAAGUCCUUUAAUCCUUGAAAUAUUAUUCAGGUGAUAGUAGGCUCACCUAGUCUUUAUGUGGCUGCUGAAAUUCAGAAGCUUCAUUGUCUCCUUUGUGCUUCGCUUCUGUUACAAACUGGGUGGGUGGCGAUGGCGCAAUGGAUAUGACUAUGCCUUUCGAGUGAGAGACCCGCGUUCAAUCCCCUGUGUUUGACCCAUACACCAAUGUGUCUCUGGGCAAGACACUUAACCACUAGUUGCUCCAGAGGUGUGCGAAUGCUGACAUGUAUAGCAAUCGCUUUGGAUAAAAGCGUCAGCUAAAUGAAUAAAUGUAAACUGGAUGUCUAAACAUUUCCUUCAUCUCAAUUCUGAUAAAACUGACGUCCUCGUGAUCGGCCCUGAUGGUUUCACUAAGAAGUUCAGGCACUUUAUUGGCCCCCUCACUAUCAACAUCAAGACCACCUGGUACUUUUUUUCUUCUUCAUGCAUUUGAACUGUGAACCCCUCAUCACUACACUCGUUCAGUAAACCAAACCUACAUUUUAAGCCAAACACAUGAAACUUCUUGUGCUCAUCCUAAUCUGUUCUUGUUUAGACUGGAACUUCUCUUUACCUUCAUUGCACUCUGCUGAAACUCUACAGGUUGGCCUUUUAUAAAACACUGUUUGCCUUAAGUUUUGUUUAUUGUGCUUUAAUCAUUCUGUGUAUCAUGUGUAAUGUAUGUGUUAAUAUAUGGUUGGUGAUGUAUGUGUAUUUGCAUUUGUGUAUCCUAUCUGUGAAGCACUUUGUUACUGUCUUAAAAAGCUUUAUAUAAAUUAAGAAUAAAAUAAUUAUUAUUGGACUCCCA